CACAGAUUUGACGAGAUCAGAGGGAUUGUAAUAUUGUUCUUUGGCAAGUUAUCACUGUUAUGGAAGAUUGCUCAUCAGUAUGAUUUGUUCGUAACCUAGAACGACGUGAAACAGAAGAGGGUAUGGCGAAUCAGGGCUUUAUACCCGACUCAGCCGUGAAUCCAUCAACUCAAGUUGAAAUAAGUGUCUCUUGCAGAAAUCUUCAGGACAAAGAUGCCUUUUCUAAAUCGGAUCCAAUGUGUGUACUAUACAUGAAGGAUGCAAGAACAGGUUCUUAUCAGGAGUUUGGCAGGACAGAGAUGAUAAAGGAUACACUCAAUCCAGACUUUGUACACAAGUUUGUGAUGAACUACUACUUUGAAGAGAGUCAGAAACUCAAAUUUGAAAUAUAUGAUGUAGACUCACCUAAACAAGCCCUAUCAGCACAUGAUUUUCUAGGGAGGUUGGAAUGUUCACUGGGAGAAAUUGUUGGGGCUUCCAGUGGAAGGAUGGAUGCUAAGCUGCAGGGAUCAAAGGGUCGUGGACAGAUUAUUGUAAGAGCUGAAGAAAUGAGUUCUUCAAAGGAGCUGUUAACGCUACACUUCAGUGGAACUAAGCUAGACAAGAAAGACUUUCUGGGAAAAUCCGACCCCUUCCUGAUUCUGUAUAAGGCCAAUGAGGACCGCAGUUUCACAGCUGUUCAUAAGACAGAGGUUAUAAAAAAUACACUCAAUCCAACAUGGCGGCCUUUCCAAAUUCCAGUAGCAAAACUUUGUAAUGGGGAUUAUGAUAGAACUGUGAAGAUUGAAUGCCACGACUGGGAUAGUGAUGGAAGCCAUGAUUUUAUAGGAGAUUUUACCACUAAUAUAAGGGAACUAACUGGCAAACCAAAUCUUAGUUUUGAGUUAAUUAAUCAGAAGAAAAAGUCUAAGAAGAAAAGCUACAAAAAUUCAGGACAGAUUCAUUUGCUCAAUGUUAAAAAAGAAAUCAAGCCAUCAUUUUUAGACUUUUUAAAAGGAGGGACACAGUUGAAUUUCACAGUGGCAAUAGAUUUUACUGGAUCCAAUGGAAAUCCUGCCUCCCCCCACUCUCUACACUACAUCAACCCCUAUCAACCCAACCAGUAUGUGGCAGCCAUACAAGCUGUAGGGGAGAUCAUCCAGGACUAUGACAGUGACAAACUGUUCCCUGUGUUAGGAUUUGGUGCUAAGUUACCAGACGGAACUGUUUCACAUGAGUUUCCUGUGAAUUUUAAUGCAGCCAAUCCCUAUGUGCAGGGUAUAGCUGGUAUUUUAGAUGCAUAUCAGAAUGCAAUAAGAAGAGUUCAGCUUUAUGGACCUACCAACUUUUCUCCUGUAAUCAAUCAUGUAUCAAAGUUUGCAGCAUCAGUCAGAGAUGGGUCUAAUUACUUUGUCCUGCUGAUUCUGACAGAUGGAGAAAUCACAGACAUUAGGAACACUAUUGAGGCUAUAGUCAAUGCCUCUCACUUGCCCCUUUCCAUAAUUAUUGUAGGUGUGGGAAAUGCUGAUUUUACAGCAAUGAAUGUGCUUGAUGCAGAUGACCAAAGAUUGUGUUCAAAUGGAAAAUAUGCUGUGCGAGACAUAGUACAGUUUGUUCCUUUCCGAGACUUCCUAGGAGGCCAAUCAGGGGGAAACACUCAGAUAUCCCAAGCAGCACUGGCCAAAGAGGUACUGGCAGAAAUACCAGGACAAGUGGUGCAAUACAUGCAAGCUAACAAAAUCACUCCUAAGCCACCUAGGACUGACGUUGUUCUUCCUGGACAAAGUCCACCUCAGCAAAACCAAGGGCAAAACCCCCCUCCCCCUCCUCCAACCCAGAAUCAGGGACCCAUGCCAGCAUGGGCUAAGGCUCCCCCUGGGGGGCCCUCUGCUCCUCCCCCAGCUGAAGGUGGCUCUUGUCCUUACCCCCAGAAGGGACCCUGGUGAAGUGAAUAAUAAAAAGUUUUAAGCUGAUGCUAAGCUUCAAUCUCUCAUAAAAAUGCAGGUUUUUCAUACGCUAACUUUUU